AUGUUACUGUUAGCUGUCCUUUUCACACUUUCUCUUGCGCAGUACGACUGCACCUCCGCUGUCGAGGCAGCACUCCCAAGUUUUGAAAAGACGUUCUCGUUCAGCGCAUCGACCCCAACGUCUAAAAUAUCUCCAGACGCUGGGUCAAUUCAUACUGUCCAAGCUUACUAUAUAAAAGUCACCCACGUCGACGACCCGGCUUCUUUGAUCAUGCAAAUGUCGUCUUGUUUCAAUGACAAUACCUUAGAUGCAGAUAUUGAUAUAUACUCUGUGUGUGACACUAACAUCGCACAAAACAGAAUCUAUUCUUCGGGUAUUUCAACACAGUGCUCGGGCAAGACAGAAAGCCCUUAUCUGUUGUGGGAAUCCAACAAAGGAAACACUUAUUACGUCGUUGUGAAAACAAGAGAUGUGAACCAAGUAGGUACCGUCCAUCUUUCAAACCAAGUCUCUGUCGAUACCAACACGAAUUAUGAAUGUAAUGUCGCCACUGACAUUUCCGCAUUCCCUUUCACUCAAAAGGGAUACCUCUCAGGGUCUAUUCCAGUGAUGAAAGUCGAAUGCACUGAACCUUACCCAAUGCUUUGGUAUAAGAUGAAAGGUGAUGGAAAGUACUAUGUUGCCCAUACAUGCAGCCCUUACACUAACAUCGACACUGCCAUUGUGUUGGUCACUUCUUUGAACGCAGGCUCAUGCAAAAACUCAAAAUGCGCCAAACAGGCCGAUGACGGCUGUUCUGCAGAUUCGUUGUCGACAAUCCUUUCUUUCAAAUCAGAAGUCGACGUGGACUACUACAUUGGUGUCUAUUCAAUCAAUGGGGUCUACGGCCAAUUCCAACUCCAUAUUGACUCACUCCAAGACUCAAUUCCAGCUGUUUGUGAACACGCUCUCCCAAUUCAAAAACUCCCAUUCGCCAAAACUGUCAAUGUGGUUGAGGCUUGGCCAUACACCGACGCCGGGUGCACUCGAUUCCCAGAGAAGUACAGAUCUGUUUUCUUGACCAUUGUUGGUGAGGGUAAAGAAAUGGUGAUUUCCACAUGCAAAUCAUUGGACGCACAAUUGAACACCAUUGGUGUUGGGGUUGAAGUGUUGAGUUCAUGUGAUGGAAUGCAAUGUGACAUGUCCAACAGUGAAUAUGGAGAGUGUUACACUAACAACUAUUUGAUCAAGACCCUUACCAAAGGUCAGACGUACAUCAUCCAUGCCUUCUGCAAAGACGGCCCAUGUGAAUUAACUCUGAAUGUUUAUGUCAAGCCAGACGAUCACUCUGAUUGUGAACACGCAAUGGUUCUUGUCGAUCCAGGACAA